AUGGCGGCCAGAACCUUCGCUAAAAAUAUCUGGCGAACGUGGCAGAUUAAAGCCAGACACGAUACAGAAGACUCAGCGGAAUCUAACUUGGAUAUCCUUGCCAGUUCCCUGAGUAUCUCCCCCCUUUCACCGCCCUCUCCACCAGUGCCCGCCCUCACGCCCCUCGCCCCUCCCGCCACCACCACCAUACUUGGAUCCAUCUGUGAGUGCAGCCCACCUGAAGCCGGCAAAAUUUCAUUCUCCAGCUUCAAAGCCUCUUUCUCAAGCAAUGUUAACUAUCUCAAGAGAAGCGUGCAAUCCACUUCCACCUCGGCACUUGAGGCCUUCGGCGGUCCACCAGUGACAGAGGGUCGCUUCAGGAGAAACAGGUUCUCUUCUGGGGAUCUGUCCGCUGAGUGUGACGAUGAAGAGGCGAGUCUACGGAAACAAGAAAUUAUUACCCAACAGCCGGACGACAACAGAGACGAGAUCGAGAGGCGGGGGGGUUCACCACAGCCUCCUGCUUCAAAGCCUACCUCUCAAGAGCAAGGUUCUGAACCCAAGCAAGGUUCUGAACCCAAGCAAGGUUCUGAACCCAAGCAAAGUUCUGAACCCAAGCAAAGUUCUGAACCCAAUCAAGCCCCCCCAAAGCCUCAAGUGAAGCCUCAGACAGCGCAGGUGAGCAGCAACAGCAGCGGCGUGGGAGGGAGUGUGGGCGGAACUACCUAUGGGUCCAGCGACACCACCACGCCCGCGCCCUCCUCGGGGUCCACGGGCGGGGGAGGGUUUAGUCUCAACUUUUCAAGGCCUGGAUCUCGCACCACCUCUGCCCCCUCCUCUCCCUCCAAGACCCGGGAGAGUUUCCUUCAGCGCGUGUCCUCCCUGACUGGGGCGGUGCGGAGCGAGGUUACAGCACAAGUGAGGCCAGCGUACAACAAGGACCGCUGCUUUACUCUCCUCGUUAUAGAUGACCAGAACACGGACUGGUCAAAGUACUUCAGGGGCAAGCGCAUCCACGGGGACUGGGACAUCAGGGUGGAGCAGGCUGAGUUUCGGGAGCUGAGCGUGACGGCCACAUCAGACAGCGGUGUGAACGUGUCCAUGGUAGUCUUCAGGAAUGGCGCUAAGGUGGUCAGAUCCUUCAAGCCGGACUUCGUGCUGAUCCGCCAGAACCUGAGGGAUGCCGGGGAGGACUACAAGAACAUCCUACUGGCCCUUAAGUUUGGCGGGGUUCCUUCAAUCAACAACAUCAAUGCUAUUUACAACUUCCAGGACAAGCCGUGGGUGUUCGCUCACAUGAUGGAGAUACAGAAGAGGCUCGGAAAAGACAACUUCCCUCUAAUAGAACAAAGCUACUUCCCAAACCACAAGGAAAUGCUGUCUGCGCCCCGGUACCCCUGUGUGUUUAAGAUCGGCCACGCUCACGGAGGCUUGGGCAAGAUACGUGUAGAGAGCAAUGCAGACUUCCAGGACAUGGCGAGCGUGGUGGCCGUGGCGAACACCUACUGCACUACCGAGCCUUACGUGGAUGCCAAGUACGAUGUGCAUAUACAGAAGAUCGGAGCCAUGUAUAAGUGCUUCCAGAGAAAGUCAAUAUCCGGAAACUGGAAGACGAACACAGGGUCUGCCAUGCUGGAACAGACGGCCAUGACGGAGAGGUACAAGCUGUGGGUCGACGAGGUGUCAUCACUGUUCGGGGGCCUGGACAUCUGCGCCAUUGAAGCCAUAGUGGAUAAGGCGGGUAACGAGCACAUCAUCGAGGUCAAUGAUUCCGCCCUGACACUUAUGGGGGACUCGCAGGAGGACGACAGGAGGUACAUCGCGGAGCUGGUCGCCAUUAAAAUGCAGGACAACUGCUUCCCCCAGGGAGCGACGCGGCCGGCGGAACUUACCAGGGGUGCCUCCCGUCAGUCCCUCAGCGGCCCGCAAACUUCCAGGGGCGGGUCUCCCACUGAGGAGUCUUCCCGCCUUACUAUGGGAGAGACGCCAAUCCCCGGUGGGUCCCCAAGUCAGCAGCGGCGGGACUCCCAGGCAUCCCAGUCAAGCAGCAUGAGUGGCUUCAGCAGUGCCAGCGGGACGAGACGGCAGGUGGACGACAGCAGCCAGUCCUCCCAGCAGUCCGGGCAGCAGCAGCAGAAGGGAUCACUGUUCGGCCGCCAAACCUCCGUAACUGCGUCGACGGAAGGUAGCGGUGUCACAGGCACAGGCCCAGUCACAGGCACAGGCGGGCCCGACGACACCGAGGACACGAUGAAGAACCUGCGCAAGACCUUCGCUGGCAUCUUCGGUGAUAUGUAAAGCGCCGAAGACUGGAGAGAUUCGCGGCCGGCAGCUACUUAAAUACAUACAUACAUACAUACAAACGAGUCUGGCUAGCGGUGCGCGUGCCUGCCAGCCUCCCGCAAUAAAACCCACUCAUAGUCUCGGGUCAAUGAAAAUGUGCAAGCAACGAGUGCCCAAAUCUCCUCUUCCUCUUCAGUAAUCAUGAGAAGCUUAUGCUAAGAAAAAAAAAUACUAAAAACGCGACAAAAAAAAAAAGAUGAAAUUAUUUUUCAUUCUACUCGUCUGUUAAAAUCUGCCUUAUAAAAGAACAAGAGCUCUAAACGAAAGCUUCACUACACAGACGCCCCUCAAGGCUGACACCUACAGACACACAGACACACACACGUACACAUUCUGUCUCCCCAUCAGUAUUGGUGACUGGGUUGGCUGUCACCUUCCUCACCACCUGUCGAACUACCCACACCUCUCCUCCUCUCCCAGGCUUCCUCCCUUGACCUCUCGCAGUCUCCCAGUCCACUCCGUCAUCCCAGCCUUAUGAAACAAUCACAUAGAGGUCAUUGUUACUGUUGCCUCCCUCACUAGUCACGAGCGGCAGCCCAGCCCUCGUGUGUUUUAUAUCGAGGUGCAUUCAGUUCCAUAGACGAAACAGACAAAGCGAAGUGUGAUAUUUUUAUGCUACUUUUUUCCAUGAUAACCUUUUUGCGUGAUCACGAGGCACUUUUUCUAUUACUCUUUUUUUAUAUACACACACACCUGCCCCGCCAAGUGAAUGUGUUUAUAUAUAUACAUGUUGUCUUUCGCGAGUGUUGCAAUCAGAGGACCGUUUUUUUCUAUAAGGUAUCUAAGCACUGAGAGGGAAAACGAAAACAUGGCCAAUUCAGGGGAUACUAAAGAAUAGCGACUUUUUCUCUUUUUUUUUCUUCUUUUUUUUUUUGCGAUAUGAAAGGAGAGAAGGUGAAGUGAGUUAGGGACAGGAAGUGAGGAUGGAGGACGGGGGUGAAGAAUAAAAAACACGUCGAUGAACUAUAAAUACUUAGUUAGGCCAAAGCUUCUUAGCCUCAGCAGUAAGCAGUAGUGGUGCAGGCUUCUCCAGGGGUCCGCGAUACGAAGGGGAAAAAAGGGCAAUGAUUUACGAAGAUGGAAGGGGAAAAUUACGGUAGAAUUUGCAGCCUUUAUUUUUUUGUCCGUCUCUGCCGUCACUGGGGUGUAAACGAGUCUCUCCAACGAGGUUUUCACGAGUCCAACGUGUUCAUUUCCAGUCCUGGGUUGCGCUGGAUCCCUCGCUACUACUUCGGCAGACAAUCAGCUCUUAGGAUCUGGGGUCACGUGAUUUCAAGCGCCAAUCAGUGUACGAGUUGCCUCGGCUUUUGUUGCCCUUCCUCCUUCCAGACAUGUACUAGUGCGUAGUGACUUCAUUAGCGGAGUAAGUCAAUUAAAAACGAGGACUAGCAAAGAAGCAAUAAAUAUCACUAUUUUAGAAUCAUCUAAUUACCUUUUUGGGGGUUUAGGUCACGUGACUUCAAGGACCAAUGGAUGCAUAAUAACUAUAGGUGUCAAAAUGGCAAAACAAAACAGAACACACGAGGGGGGUUCAAAACAUACCACAAGCAAUAUGGAAAAAAAGAUGAAAAGUAUAUAUAUAACAGCUGAUCUGAACCAGCUGCUGCCGAAGGAAAGACGAGGAGGACUGACGUAACGGCGUGGUGUGUGGCGAGGGACUAACAACCCAAACACUAAAGUCAACCAACCAAACCAAACAAACCCCCGAAAAAAUGUUGUUAGCAAUAUCGCUCUGUGUUGUUUACUCUCUUGUGGGUGGACUUCUCUGGCUGUUUGUGCUGUGCGUGAGUCUUGAUGUGUUCGUUCGUCUUUUAUUGACCUAAAACUCGUGGUUGUCUUAAAAAAAUACCGUAAUACACUUUCUGACGUGUUUUGAUGGUACAGACGGAGGCGGCGCGCAGACGACCCUCUCGUUGAGCACUCCGCCCCUUCCUUCCUUCCUUCCUCCCGUGACAGGUCAUUAGAGGUGAAGGUUGCCAGCGAUUCACUAUGAAGUUCGCUAUUCUUUUCCACUAAUUGUCUCUUCGGGGUUCCGCCACAACUCGUGCUAGUGUUCGAAGCUUCAUAAAUACAAGUUCUCGUCGGUUAAAUCUUCGAAGUUUUAAGUCACAGCAUAACACAUCGAACCCCGCUGGUCUUUAUCGUCUACAGCUUUUCCAACUUCCGGCAAAGAGGAAAGAGAAUUAGAUAAAAAUUAAGUGAGGAUGAAAAAGCGAGAAGUAGAGGAGGAAGAAUAUAUACACACAGAUGAAUCAAAUGAGAUGUAGUGUAGAAGGAAAGACAACACACAGUGGAUGAUGAAAAGAGGAAAAAAUAAUAAAACGUUGUAUUAUAAGAAAGAGAAGAAAUUAGAUGGAGAUGAGCAUAGGUAAAUUAAAUGAAGAAUAGAGUGAAUGGAAGAUAUAUGGAGGAAUCACAUACUUCAGAACUUGCGACAAAAAUAUAGAGAGAAAAAGAAUGAGUUAGAAGAGACUAUAAAGAAAGGAAGGGACAUGGCAUGGGGACUAAAGAAGAAAUGAAGUUAAUGGUCAGGAUAAUGAAGAGCUAUGCAUGACACAGACAGAUGUGAAGAGAUGUAGCAAGGAAAACAGAUAAAAGGCCGAAGAUAAAGAAAAAGAAAAAGAAAUUACAUUACUCUAUAAUCUAAAAAAAACAAAUAAACAAUAAAAAUAAUAUUUAGAGAAAACGAAAAACAGGAAAAACAAAACAUAAGAAGUAGAGACAAUAGACAAAACGGUGAAAACAGAGAAAAGUAAGAAAAAGAAGAAAAAUAAAUAAAUAAAUAGAUAAAUAGAUUCAUAAUGAGCAAACUAAUAAAUAAAAACAAGAAAAAUGAAAAUAAAAAGAAUAAGAACGCGAAGGAAAAAGACGAAGAAAAUAAAGGAGAGCAAUGAGCGGGAAGGAAGCGGGAAGGGAGCGGGAAGGGAGCAGGAUGAAAGAAGGGAGGGGCCAGGGGUGGACGUAGUAGCAUGAGAGGGGAGUGUCUGCGCGCUGGCGUCGUCACUGUUAUUACUGUUGCCCUCGUCAGGAGCAACAGAUGCCUUGGUCCUAUAUCACUAAUUCCCUGUAUAUGUUCAGCAUGUGUAAUCACUUUUAAAACGAUAGAAACUCCAUUACGUAUAUUUAAAAAGCGAGAAAAAAUGAAGACUAAACAAAAGAAAGGAGUAAAAAAUCUAUAUAUACAUAAAUAUACAUAUACAUAACUCUAGUUGCUACCGAGUCUGUCUGUUAACUCACUUUUCUUUCCGUUGUUGUUUGUAAGUAAGUCAAGUAAAGAGUAAAGUAAGUCAGUCAAUAAGUAAGUAAGUAAGUAAAAUGCGUUCUGUUGAUAGAUUUGUAUGAUGUGUUCUCCUGGCUUCUGCGGAGUUAGGCAAGCUUCAGUUACGGCUUCUUUGUACUCUCUCUCUCUCUCUCUCUCUCUCUCUCUCUCUCUCUCUCCAUCGUCCACAAGUCUUCCUCUCUCAUAGCUAGUUAGCCGACGUAGAAAUUGACGGAGAAAUUAAUGUUAAUCUAUACGGUUCACUUUCCUAUGCUGUUUCGAACCUCUCAUUCAGUCGUUCGGGGACAAACUCGAGGCUUCAGACAGCUCCUGGGGCCCUACUCUCUCUCUCUCUCUCUCUCUCUCUGGGCCCUGAAGGAUGCUGAAAGGACUCCGCAAGGGCCGGGAGCGACGCCAAAGGAUUUCAGGAGUAGGAGUCCCUGAAUCCUACGGCAAUAGCUCGGUGUGUGUGUGUGUGUGUGUGUGUGUGUGUGUGUGUGUGCGCGCGUGUGUGUGUGUGUGUGUGUGUGUGUGUGUGUGUGUGUGUGUGUGUGUGUGUGUGUGUGUGACUUCAAUUAUCAUAUCCGUGUAAGGCCUUUCCUCCGUUUUGUUUUGUUCCUUUGUUCGUUCGUACGAUUCUAGUCCAUAUACAGAAGAGAACAGCUGAUUGGCACUGCCAUAGAUACGUAGGUCAUUUCUGUGUCCGGGAUAACGCAGGGAGCGAGGUACACUUCUAAUGCACGGCGCCACGAGGCAGAGAGUGCGUGGGCAGCAGCGGGGCGGUGUUCCGCAGACUCCCACCAGGGCUCGCGGUGGUCUGAGGCGUGUGGCGGACCUGACCUGACCUAAUUUAUCCUAACCUAAUAUCCCCUCUGACUUCACCCAACCUAACCAAACUUACCAGAAAAUCACCGCCAAAUCCGAUCUAACCUAACCUAACCUUCCUUAUAUCUACUUCACCUCAACACGCCUCACAUAACAUGACCUACCCUAACCCAACACAGUUUAACCUCACCUCACCACCGCGUCAUCUAACCUAACCUUGCCUUGCCUCACCUUCCCUAACCCAACUCAACGGAACGCGAUCUAACCAAACCUAUCUUUGAACAGGUUAUAUUAUUAGAUUAUUAUUACUCUGUCUCUGUCUCUGUCUCUGUCUCUGUCUCUGUCUCUCUCUCUCUCUCUCUCUCUCUCUCUCUCUCUCUCUCUCUCUCUCUCUCUCCCAGGUCAGGUCAGGCAGCGAGAAGUAAGGUCAUGUCAGCUGCCACCUCGUUCCGAACACGUCUUGUUUCUUUGUUGUUGGUUUUGUACGUAUGUGUUAUUACUAUUACGUACUUUUCUUCCUCCUCCUCCUCCUCCUCCUCCUCCUCCUCCUCUUCCUACUCCUCUACUCCUACUCCUACUACUACUACUACUACUACUACACUUCCUACCCUUAUUACUACCUCGACUGUUUCCUUACUACUAUGACCACUACUACUACUACUACUACUACUACAGUUUUUAAGGAGUUAGACAGUCUUGGGUGUGUUGUGUACAGUCUCACAGUGGGUAGAUGUAAUUCAUUCUUGUUAUACUCCUCCUGUCUGUGGUUUUCUUUCUUUUUUUUAUUUAUUUUCUUUCCUCCUCCUCCUCCUCCUCCUUUCUACAUCCAUUAGCAAAGAGUUUUCUUCCUCCCCUCCUCCACCUGCUAAACCUCACCCCACCUCCCCAUCAUACCUUAUUUUCCUCACCCCCUCCCCCAGGUCAGUUCUCCCCUAAACGCUAAUAUCAGAAAAUUAAUCCGUUUUUGCAAUAUCAUAAGAUUUUUUUUCUUUCAUUUUGUGGCUCAUUAUCAGGUUUCGUAAUUAGUGACGAGGGUUUUCUUCUAAGCGUCCUUCUUUUUUCUAUAUUUCUGUCUGUUUUUGUCUGUUCUUUGUCUUUUUAAUGCAUCUCCCAGUCUUUCUGUUUGUCUCUCUCUCUCUUUCUCUCUCUCUCUCUCUCUCUUCUGUCUUUCUGUCUUUCUGUCUUUGUCUCUAUCUCUCUCUGUCUGUCUCUCUCUCUCUCUCUGCUCAGAUGGUGACGAAGACCUGGAGGCACUGAAGGGGUAUGCUGCCGUAACACCACCUCAACCGUAGCACAACUCGUAACGCCUGUACCGUAACACAAGUAACAUCUGAAACGUAAUGGAAAAUGGCGUAGCAUCUAGACUAAACCGUAACGAAACUGGUAACAUUUGAAUCGUAACCAAACCAACAUAAAAAAUCACAACUGAACGCCUUAACGAAACACUUAACAUCUGAAACGUAGAGGAAAAAAAUACGUAACAUGUGAAAUAAAUAAGAAUAGUAAAAUCUGAACCAUAACGAAACUUGGGACAUCUGAGCAGUACGCAACGAGAUCUUCAUUUUUUUUUACUGUAAUAAAUCCAACUAAAAGAUUGACAAUAACUUAAUACCGUGAAAAAUCGUGAUAUGUAGACAUUAUUUAUUUUCCAUCUUUAAUCUAAGUCCAGCUGUAAAUGUACGUGCAAAAAUGGAAGCAAAACUGAAAAAGAAAAGUGCAGAAUAUCGAUGACAGGAAAAGAAAACGUAAAUCUGAUGCGUGUAAAUAUAAAACACUGGGAAAAAUCGAGUCAUAUUUAGAAGUUCUUUAUUUCACUCAUUUCCAUCCAAGUCUAACUAUUAAUGUAUAUAAAAAGAAAAUAGAAAAAAGAAAACUGCAAAACAUCGAUAAUUGAAUAUAAAUCUGAUGCGUGUAAAAUAAAAGCUUGUAAAUACGAUAGAAAUAAAAGUGUAUUGGAACCUCACCAUAAGGCCGCAGCAGCACAGAACAAAACACAAUAUAGGUAAAGCUUCGAAACCAACGAUAAGAUCCAACACUCCUAAAUGACGGGGAAAAAAAAAAGAUAAAUCCUUCCCUUACGAAAAACAACAAUUCUUUAAAUCUCAACAUUUCCCUAAAGCCUCCGUAUGUACUAGGGGGAAAAUCAUACCAAUACGUGAAUGGAUAACGAAAGAAUACAAUUUCACAUCUAAACAACGAAAUAAAGUAACGAUCCCAUAAAAAAAAAAACAAUAACCUAUUCUGCCCGUCACAAUACAUUUUAAUUAGGAAAGAAAAAAAAAGUAAAAAAUCUUUAUAAAUUCCCAAAUCGCUAAAUAUCCAUGCUAGGAAUCAGACCCACGUAAACUCUAUAAAUGGUAAAGAGAUUCCUACACAGUUCAGGACGAAAAUUCACAAAGAAAAACCUGAAACUCAACAAAAGAACCUUAAAACUCUCUAAAGAAAAUAGAUAAAAUAAAAAAAAAACAUGAAUCUCCCAAAAAUCCCUAAAUCAUCUUCAAACUCCCUAAAGAUCCCUAGACACCCUUGGAGCAUAUAUAAAAUCACUCUAUAUACGAGAAAAAGAAAAAACAGUGAAAUGAACAAUAAGUAUCAACUCCCACACUACUUAUAGAUAAAAAAUAGAUCAAUACUUCCUUGUAAACUGAGCCAGAAUACUCUAGACACCUUUGCAAUGAGUCAAAUUUCCUGGAGUACCUGCCACUGUUCUAUCACUGUUACCUUGAGUGUGAGGGAGGGAGCGCAGUGUGGACCCUCGCGCGCUGGAGUGAAUGUGCUAUGAAUAAACAACGUCAGGUGAAAGAAAACGGAAUGCCAAGCUCAGCGGCUGUCAAACGUAAACUAACACUUGUGGAAAAAGAAAUGAAAAAAAUGAGUGUAUGAUGUUUAGAUAUAAAGCACACACACACGCACACACGCACAUACAUACACACUCACGCACACACACACGCACACGCACACACACACACACACACACACACACACACACAGUUCACAAAAAACCGUCUAUACUUUACAUAAAACAAUUUUCAAAGGGGAAAAAAAAGUCACGCACAUUGCAGUUCUAUAAAACAAAGAAAAGGAAAACAAUAUAAAAAAAGAACAUUAUAAAAAGUAAUACAAAGAACAAAGAUUAUACAAAUGAGCAAAAAAAAAAAAUACAAGAAAAACAUAAAAAGACAAAACAAGACAAGAUUAAAAAAAAAAUGAGUAUAAUUUACAGGAAAACAACAAGAAAACGGGAAAAAUGAAACUAGUGCAUAUAUAUAUAAAAAAAAAAAAAAACACCGGUAAAAACACGUAUCAAUACCGUCAGUUUCCCCCAAAAAACAGUGCUAACCUUUCCACCUGGGCAGACAUUAUAAGUUAGAGAAGCAUAAUACCGAGGAAACCGAUUCAAACCAUUACACACACACACAACUUCUUCCUUCGUGUUCACUUCCUUCAAUUUCACAUUAGGAUGAAUAAAAAAAAGCCAAGAUAAUGAUAAAUAUAUAAAAAAAGUCAUUAAAUAAAUCCUCAUUAGUACUAGACACAUUCCCUUCCUGAUUUUUGUGGAGAGAUUCUCAUUAUUAUUAUUAUUAUUAUUAUUAUUAUUAUUAUUAUUAUUACUUGCUACACUGCUAGAUCAUUUUGUACAUAGUUUAUCUCCCUUUCUUUCUUUCACUCUCACUCUCACUCUUUCUCUCUCUUUCUCUCUCUCUCUUUCUCUCUCUCUCUCUCUCUCUGUUGUUGUAAAUUUCUGUACAUAUUAUUAAUUGCCGUCACACACUGAAUCCUUAUCAUUAUCAUUAUUACGUUUGCUUGACUAAGGAGUUUAAAGUAAAUCAAUAGAUGAUCAUAAGUAAAGGCCUCAGUGGCUGGCGUAGCGAGAGGCGAAGUUGUUUGUAAGGUUAAAACAAGAUGAAUAAAAAUUAUGUGUCGUCCAUAAAA